AUGUCCUGCGCACAUCUUCCUAACGACCGGUCCUUUGGGCCACGAGUCUAUCCCGGCUGCAGGUCAUUCGACUUCACGCUGUACUUUGAGGAUGUCUUUUUGGCGUGUUUGCCAUCCGUUCUGUUCCUUCUCCUCGAGCCGUCACGGAUCCUUACCCUCUUACGCCUGCCCCCUGCUUUCUCGGUCAGAUCCCGGCUUCUAUGCGGUAAACUAGUCGCAUUGGCUGUGUUGCUUGCCUUCCAGAUAGCUUUCCUGGUACUACGCACGCGGGCCAGGCCGUUCCAGACUUCGGCAUCAGUCGCAGCGGAUACUCUGGCGCUCGCCGCCACGAUCACAGUUUGUCUGCUAUCGGCUCUGAGCCAUCAACCAUCGCAGCGGCCGUCAACACUGCUCAGCCUGUAUCUCUCCGCGGCAGCCAUUCUGGGGAUCGCCCGCGUCCGCACGUCAUGGCUUAUCGGGAGCGGCGUGUUGGCGUCGACGACUGCGUUGACGCUCGCGCUCGUUUCAACCGCGGCGGCGCUUCUUCUCGAGUCUGUCGGAUCGAAGAAGGGCGUGCCCCGUGACGAGAGCCUGUCGGACAGCAAACAGGCAACACCGGAGCAGAGCAGCGGCUUUUGGACGAGGACCUUCUUCACCUGGCUUGCGCGGACGUACUACUUGGGGUAUUCUAGAGUCAUUUCUCCCGGAGAUCUGCCUGGUCUCGACCCUAGCCUCGAAAGCCGUACCCUACACGAGGACCUGGUUGCUGCUUGGGAUAAAUACGACCACCAGAGUCACCACAGUCUACUGAGAGCUUGUUUACGGAGCUAUCUGGUCUCCUUUCUGUCACCGGUCCUUCCCCGGCUGUGCCUCACUGUCUUUACUUUCACGCGGCCGUUCCUCAUCAACACGACUGUCAGCUUCGUGGGACAAAAAGAUGCCGAUUCAAACUAUGUGAGCAACUCGGUCUUUCGGUACCACAGCCUUCGUUUCAAGACCAGGCUUCGCGGAGGGUUGAUUGCACUCAUCUAUCAACACGCAAUACAUACCAGGGAAGCCGACGCUGGGGAAAUCACGGCGGUUGCUCUCAUGGGAACCGACGUGGAACGUAUAACUGGACCAAUGUCCAUGUUCCAUUCGGUCUGGGCCUCCCUGCUGGACAUCGCUGUCGCCAGUUGGCUGCUUGGGCUCCAGCUCUCGCUUGCCUGCCUGGCUCCCAUUAUUCUUGUUUUAAUCUUCAUAUCUGCCAUGUCAAAAAUAUCCGUGGCAACCAAGACGGCCCAGAUGCGGUGGAUCGAAAAGAUCCAGGAGCGGCUCCGCACGACCUCCGCCAUGCUUGGCGAGAUGAAAGCCGUGAAGAUGCUCGGGCUGGGCGAGGUCAUGUCGAACAAAAUCCGGCAUCUCAGGGAAGAUGAGAUUAACACUUCCAGAUCCUUCAGAAAGCUCCUCGUGGCCACGUUGGUGCUCUCACUCACCCCGAUCAAUCUCGCCCCCGUCGUCACCUUUGGCGUGUAUGCCCUCAUUUCCGUCUUUUGGAAGAGCGGAACGCUGCUACCGGCGCAAGCAUUCACGUCGAUUGCCCUCAUAUCGCUGCUCGCCGCGCCCGUCGUCAGUUUCAUCCAGCUUCUGCCCAUGGUUGUGCAGUCGUCCGCCUGCUUUGACCGGAUCCAAGCCUUCUGCAACUAUAGCCACAACGCCCAGGCCCACGAUCAGCGCCCUCGCAGCCCUAGCCGUCACCAUGGCCGGCCGAGAGCAGAUCCUAGGCUGGGGUCGCUGACCUCUGAGGGUACAAAAAGGCCCUCACUCUCGCCAGAGAACCACAUCGUCUCCUGGAAAGGGCAGAGUUUCGGGUGGCACAAAGACAAGACUACACUUCAUGACCUCACCAUUGACAUUCAGCGAGGCGCCGUGACUGUUGUCGUCGGUCCGGUCGGGAGCGGCAAGUCGAGCUUCUUGAGCGCGAUUCUAGGCAAUCUACCCCCUCCCUCGGCUGCGCUUGCACGAGCCGUCUACUCCAGGCAUAAAGUGGUGGUUCUCGACGAUGUUUUCGCUGGAAUGGACGCCAGAACGGCCCAUCAUGUUUCGAACCGCCUGCUUGGGCCCGAUGGUAUUUUCAAGAAACAGCGCACCUCGGUCGUUGUUGCAACACAUCAUCACAAUGUCAUGGCUCUUGCAGACAACAUCGUCACCAUCGAGGGCGGCAGAAUCCAGGAAGUCGGCAGCCCUGAAAUCCUCGCCCGUCGCCAGGGAUAUGUCAGCAAGCUUGGUCUGAAGUUGUUGCCCUGUGAUGGUGUGGCCGAGGAUAAGGCGGGCGCCGAUGCGCCCGAAGCUCCGAUCGACCAGCCGCCAGUCGAGCUGUCGGACAGGAGCGAAGAAGACGAGAUCCUCCAUACCGAUGUCCGACGCAAGAACGGGGAGCCGGCAGUUUACGCGUACUAUCUCCGUAACGCAGGGUGGAAAGCUGUGGCACUGUACGGCAUCUCCGUCGUGGCCUGGAUCUUCUUCUCCGAGUUCUCGACCGUCUGGGUCAAGUGGUGGUCCGAGGCGAACACCGCCGCGGCUAAUAAGAAUAUCGGGUACUACAUGGGCGUCUACGCCCUCUUCGGCGUCCUCGGCACUCUGGCCGCCUCUCUGGCUGCCUGGUUCGCCUUUCUCGAUGUUGUAUCCAACACGGCCCUCAAGCUCCACGCCGAUCUUCUCAGGACGGUGCUCGCCGCCCCUUUCCGAUUCCUGGCUAAGACGGACAGCGGAGAGCUCCUCAACCGACAUGCAGCUUCUCGACAUGACUUGCCUGUCAACAUGGUGAACUAUACUUCCACCGCCGUGUCCGUCCUGGCCAAGCUCGCGGUCCUGGCCGUCUUCUCCCAGUACCUCGGCGCGGCGCUGCCGCUCCUCGGCCUCGUCCUCUACGCCCUCCAGCGCUUCUACCUCCGGACGUCGCGGCAGGUGCGCCUGCUCGAGAUCGAGGCCAAGGCGCCCCUCUACGCGCACUUCUCCGAGUCCGCCGCCGGCGCCGCCGGCGUGAGCCUCGUCAUGGUCGUCGGCUUCAGCGAGGUCCUGGCCCGUCUGAUCCAGACCUGGACCGAGCUCGAAUCCAGCGUCGGCGCCGUCGCCAGGGUCCGGCGCUUCGCGACGGAGACGGAGACCGAGGCCGAGGCCCGGAAGCCGCCGCCUCCGCCCGCGUCGUGGCCGUCGGCCGAGGCGCUCAGAUUUUCCAAUGUGGUCGCGUCCUCCGACACGGACCCGGUGCUUAAGGGCGUCACCCUGGCUAUUGACGCCGGCCACCACGUCGCCGUGGCCGGCCGCUCAGGCAGCGGCAAGACGUCGCUCGUCCUGGGCUUGCUGCAGAUGAUGGACGUGAGAGAGGGCAAGAUCGAGCUGGACGGGGUCGACGUGUCGACGCUGGCGCCAGGCGAGCUCCGCUCGCGGAUUAACGUCGUCUCCCAGGACCCCUUCCUGAUCCCCGGGACCGUCCGCGCCAACAUCGACCCCUUCGGCGCUUGCUCGGACGACGCAGAGAUCACCCGGGCCCUGGAGAGGGUCGGCCUCUGGGGUCUCGUCCGGGCCCAGGGCGGCUUGGACGGGGACACGGAUGCCGAAUCCUGGUCGGCCGCCCAGAAGCAGCUUCUCUGCUUGGCCAGGGCCAUGGUGCGGCGGUCCAAGCUGUUGGUAUUGGACGAAGCGAUGGGCAGCGUCGACAUUGAGACGGAGUCUCUCAUGCAGGAAAUCGUCGACACCGAGUUCCGCGACUGCACGGUGCUGGCCGUCAUGCAUCGACUCAAGCACGUCUCUCGCUACUACAGGGUCGCGUUGCUCGGGGACGGGGAGCUAUUGGAGUUCGACGAACCGGCUAGUUUGAUUUCCGGCAAGACCAGAUUUGCUGAGCUGUACAAGAUGAACGAGAAUUGA